UUGCCCGGCAAUAGUGAAUGGGCACGGCUAAGCAGACAAAGAGUUUAAGCGUCGGAGGUGGCUUUGUGGAUUUCACGGUUAAGUCCGGCAAAUCAUCUGCUUUAGUAUAUUUCAUAGUGAUCAAUGUAUUAGCAUUCCUCUACUCUGCAUUCUCUCUGGCAAUCUCUCUUCUAAAAAGAGCAAACUCCAAGAACUUAGAGCUCCCUUUCUCCAUCGCGGACCUCCUCGUCACAGUGCUCCUCUUCUCCGCCAACAGCGCCGCCGCUGGGCUCAGCGUCAUCGCCGAGGACGGAAACUCUAAUCUUUUAUGGGCGCAGAUUUGUGACACAAUGAACACAUUUUGUGCUCAAAUGAACGCAUCCAUUGUAUUGUCCAUGUUUGCUUCUUUGGCUUACUUCUUGUUGGUCUUGCUUGCAAUCUUGGGGUUUUAUAGGAGAUCUUUCUAGGUUGACGAUGGAUUUGUGUUUUGGCAUAUGAUUUGUAAUUUUUUUAAUCAGAGAUUUCAAAUUAUUUUUUGUGUAAUUUAAUAUUACUGUUCGAAUU